UAAGUUCAUUUUGCAUCUAGCUGACUUUAAUAGGUAAAGAUAGUUUGUAUUGGUUAUCAUUGCUGUCACACAGCUUAAGUAAGCAAAGUUCAUGCCUAGAGUCAAGUUACUGGUCUGUAACUGUUGUGUAUGUAGAAUGGCCAUUUUUCCCCUCAUGGACACAAUUAUCAGUUACAUAACCACUACAAAACUAAGUGGCUUAAAGCAACAAUAUCUUAAAAGAUUCUGUAAGCUGCCUGUUAUGCCUCUGACAACUUCCAGCAGAAGUGAGGAAGCUAGAAGUGAGGCACCGGUUUCCAUAUCAAUUUGUUGGUGACCCAGAACCGGAUUCAAGUUCCCAAAUAACAACUGUACGCGGGUGUUCCGGAACCAAAGUUCCGGAACAGUUUCUGUGCGGACGCGCGAAUUUGUUGCUAUGAAUCGAUUGCUUUGGGCUGGCGGAGGCCUUUGCGAGGAGGACCGUGCGCGGAACUGCGGAGGGAGGGAGAGAGAGAGGGAGGUGAGUGGCGGACGUCCCGCGCCGGGCGGGAGUGUGCAGGGAAGGGCGCCUAGGUGAGCGGGGGAGCUCUGCCAUGCUUGCCCCCGCGGUGAUGCGCGCCCUGCGCAAGAACAAGACCCUUCGGUACGGCGUCCCCAUGUUGUUGCUGAUUGUUGGAGGUUCUUUUGGUCUUCGUGAGUUUUCACAAAUCCGAUAUGAUGCUGUGAAGAUUAAAAUUGAUCCUGAAUUGGAAAAAAAACUGAAAAUGAAUAAAGUUUCUUUGGAGUCAGAAUAUGAGAAAAUAAAGGACUCUACUUUUGAUGAUUGGAAGAAUAUUCGAGGACCCAGGCCUUGGGAAGAUCCUGACCUCCUCCAAGGAAAAAAUCCGGAAAUCCUUAAGAAAACUUGAUUUUUCUGAUUUUUUUUUUUAAUGAAAAUGUUAUCAGUUGGACUUCCCACUAUAUGUUAUUAAUCCAGUGGGAAAAAUCCCAAUUCUGCAGAAAACUGGAUAUGAAUAAUUUUGAUAGUGGAUAAUUUUGAUAAAAGUCAUAUUCUAGUCUA